UUGUCCCUUUCACCCUCUGUUUAUUUUUUGCGUAAUUUUUUUUGGGGAAGUAGAUUUAUUUUUAUUUUUGGGCAGUAUAUUCAUAUUUUUGGGGCAGUAGAUAUAUUUUUUGGGGCUGUAGCUUUAUUUUAUUUUUUGGGCAGUAGAUUUAUUUUUAUAUUUUGGGCAGUAGAUUUAUUUUAUUUUUGGGGCAGUAGAUUAAUUUUUCUUUUCUUUCAUCUAUCUCUAUUCCUCUUAUUUAUCUUUUUCUUCUUCAUCUUUUUUUCUUCCUCUUUUUCAUCUUCCUCUCUUUCUUCAUCUUCCCCUCUAUUACCUCUUUUUUGCGAGUUUGAAUAAAUAUUUUUCGAUAAUUUGGGUUUAAUAAUUAAAUAUUAAUAUAUUUUAACAAUUAUGCCUUCUAAAAAUUAUUUAAAGCGCAAAAAAGAUCAAAAACGCCGUUCGGCGGACUCUAACCCAAACUGCUCUCUUCAGAGCACUGAUCAGGAUGUCCAACCAGAGCAUUCUGAUCAGAAUUCUUAUCUGGGAAACCAAAACUGCUCUCUUCAGAGCAAUAUAUCUUUCAACCCGACUCAGGGUGGUGAUUCUUCUUUUAUUUCUUCUCUUCCUUCUUCUUCUCAUCAUCAUUCUCUUCACUUUAAUUUUGAAAAUGUUAAUAUUUGUGAUCCAUCUGAUGACCCGGGUCCCCCUCAUACACCAACAACUCCCUUAACCCCUUUUUCCCUUACAUCCGAGGCCGAUGCGCCAAGGAAACAGAUGAA